AUUCCUUCCAAAUGCCAAACAACGGUUUCGUCCUCCACGAACCUCAACACCAACCGCAACAACCUCAGCAGCAUUUCAACCAAUUCCAAGCACAACCUCAUCAAUACAACAACCAAAUGCAACCGAUACAAGUCGCUACUCAUUUUGGAAACCAGGGAAACAAUCAGUACGGCAACCAUUUGUUGCAACAAGCACAAACGCAACAGGGGAAUUACAAUCAAGGGAAAUUAUAAUAACCAGCCGCAGUAUAACCAGACUUACAGUAAACCGAUGAAUGACUAUAAUCAGCAGCAGAAUAAUCAGUAUCCUAGCCAGCAGUAUCAGAACCAGAAUCAGCAGUAUCAGGAGAGGAGGUAUAGUAACCAGAUGCAACAGCAGCAACAGCAGCAGCAGCAGAAUCAGUUUAAGAAUCUGAACCAAUACUCAAACCAACAACCGAAUCAAACACAGUACACCAACCAGAAUCAGCAAUCCACGAGCCCCUAUGGAGCCCAACCGAGUAGACCUUAUGAAAGUUUCUCAAACGGUGGAGAUGUCACAUCACAUUAUACCAACAUGUCGAUGAACACCAAUAAUAGACCCAUGUCAG